UCCUGGUUUUCCGCUUGACGUGGCAACCUCCUGUUGGUUAGCCUAGCGGCGAACGCGGCACGGUUACCCAUCGCAUUAAAUGCGAUGGGUAUAUAUAUCCGAAGAGAAGGUGAGAGAUUCUCACUUCUCUUCGUUUCUUCUCCACCUUUUUUCUCAAAAACUCUUUGAAUCUUCAAAGUGUUCUUCGUUUCUUCAAGAUUUCUUCAAAUCUUCAAACUUUCUUCAAGCCUUUUUUCCAGAUCCUCCUUCAAAGAUGAGUGAAGAACAUCAAGAGGCUCCUGUUAGUGAGGAAGGACCCGUUCCUGUCCUCAGAUGGGAUUUAGGGCUUUUUGAACAAAUCGUUCGUAGUUUCCGAUUCCCACCGGAGUGGGAUGCCCGGUAUCCGGCUCAGGGCCAGACCGCGGCUGAUGCACCACCCGGUUAUAUCACCCUUUAUGAAGACUUUUUUCUUCAAGGGAAUUUCCGACUGCCGGCGACCAAUUUCCUGGGCAGUAUUCUUUCUUACUAUAACUUCCAUAUAUCCCAGAUGAGCCCACCCGGGAUGGUGAGGGUGCGGCACUUCGAAUUCCUGUGCCGGUCUCAUGGCAUUGAGCCAUCGGUAGAUAAGUUUCGUGCUUUCUACCAGUUGCAGAGAACGAUGGGGUUCUUCUCAUUUGCGAGCCGAGGUGCGGCGAAGAAGAUUCUGCUGAAUCCUCCUAAGAGUUUCCACGAUUGGAAACCCAAGUUCUUUUUCAUCAGGGAAGAAGUUUUGCCAAUCGCUAUGCCUUUUAGGGAAUGGACUGAGGUCAUAUCCAAGGAAGAUCUCCCGAUCCCGAAGACUGCUCGGUGGUACCAGCAGCUAACCCCAACCCCUAACCGGGUGUUUGGGGAAAGUGUUUUGGUUGCUGCUAAGAUGAGUGACCAGUGGUCACCUAGCAGCAAGGAGGUUCCGGUCUUGAAGAUCGGUGAUCAAGAAGCGCAACUCUAUCAAGCUGCCUUCUCCACGUUUGGUGGCUCCAUGGGCGUUCGCCCAGUGCGCGAUGAUGAAGAAAGCUGGUAUGACCAGAUUAAAGGAAACUUCAUGUUUCCAGCUGCUGAUGCUUUCGCUUCGCCGCCAACCGCUACUGAAGGUGCGCAAUACCCUAAACCUCGUCCAUUGCGCUCUGUGACUCUCGCUGGGAAAGAAACUUUCUAUCUUUCCAGCGAGGAGUCUGUAGGUUCUUCCAACGGCGAGCUAAGCUCUUGGUCUGAAAUCUUUGCAGGUGUGUUGCGCGACCUGGGGAUUGACCCCGAGGAGAAGAAGAAAAAACCGGUGAAGAAGAAGAAAAAGGUGGAGCCUGAGGUGACCAGUAAGGGCACCGGCCCUAGUCGCGCAACAUCUGCUGCUGUCAAAGGUACUCUUCGCCUUCGUCAACGUGAUUUAGACGACUAUGUGAUAAUCAGUGACUCAUAUGAAGGUUUAUCACAUGCAGCUAAGGGGAAAACUGGUGCUGGUGGGUCGAAGAGUUCUGGGAGCGCGGGUUCUCGCAACCCUGAAGCUGGCGCGACUCCGUCUUUCCCAGAGGAUGAAGAAGUAGAAGAGGAAGAUGCUGGUGUCCGGCUUAUUGGGCGGAAGAGGGGUAGGAGCGAAGCCACGACUGGUGUGGCUUCCGCCCCUACAUCUGCUGUGAUUCCCGUUGUUGGGAAAACGAGCAAGCUGCGCUCGUUAUACAGAUUUUCUCCUGGUAAGUUCUUCGCUUCUCUUCUUAAUACUUUUCUCUUUACUCAAAUGCUUUUGCUUUAUUUUUCAGAAAUCAAGAAGAAGACCCCUGAGAAGGGUGUCACGUUUAGUGAGGCCGGGGUAAAGAGGCCCAAGAUUACCGUCAAGUCCACUGACACUGCGGCUCAGGAUGCCGCGAAGGCUGCUGAGGCGCAGCGAAAGGUGGAGGAGGACCGGAAGAGAGAGGAGGAGAAGAAGAGAGUUGCGGAGGAGAAGAGAAAGAAAGAAGAAGAGAGGAAGAAGGUAGAAGAGGAGAGAAAGAAAAAGGAGGAGGAGGAGAGGAAGCAGAGGGCGGAGCAGGAGAGGUUGGCUGAAGUGGCGAGGAAGCAGGCCUUGGAGAAGGAGCUAUCGGCGAAAAAGGCUAUGGAUCAGCCUCUUAAACCUCCAGGUCCUGAGGUCACCAAACCAACCAACACCGGUCCUGUUACUACUUCCAAGGGUUCCAGCCGCUUCUCCUCAAGCGGCGCGAGCUCUGGUGGAGCUGGGGGUUAUAACCCCAAUGUGAUAGGUGCGAAGGACACCGUUGGGGAUAUUUACUACAAGACUUACACUGAAGAAGAGCGUGGGGACGCUCCUCAUCAAGCCCCCUGGAGUUUAAAACAGAAAGAUACUUUCGUCGAGUUCAGCCCUGCGCGCGAGUGGUUCCUGAACUCCUUUACACCUGCUGAAGUCCAUCGGCAAAGGGCGAAACCUCACGAAAUGUUGUAUCGUACCUAUAUUCUUGGUGAGGCCAACGCUCGUGCUGCCAACCAUCAAAUAGUUCGCGAAUGGCGAACGAUGGUUAGGGAGCGCGCCGACUGGGAGGCUUAUCGCGAGCGUAUGCUGAAACGUAUUGCUGAAUUCGAAAAGUCGAAAACCGCGUUUGGUGAGGAGAGAGCCAAGUUUGAGGCUGACAAGAAGGCUGAAGAGUGGGGCCGCGAGGGGCUGCAGAAAAAACUCCACAAUGUUGAGGAGCAACUGGCCAAGGAGAAGGCCGAGUUUAAGCGUAUAUGCGCCCAAGACAACGAUCGUGCUUAUGCGCUACGACAGAAGAUCGUUGAUCUUGAGGCUAAAGUUGCGGACUUGACCUCAAAGGUGGAGGAAGCGCAGGGUGAAAGAGCUGCCAAGCAGCAGAUGGAGGUUGAGCUGACUGAAGCCAAGGUGCAAUUGUCCAACAAGGACAAGGAUCUCCACGCCAAGGACGUUGAGAUUGCGGAACUCAAACGUCGCUUGAAUGAGCAAAUCGACAGAUGCGAGUCUUUGGAGAUUGACCUUGAGGCUGAGAAGGUCAAGGCUGCUGAUGCUGAGGAGGCGCGUGCUGUCAGCACUGCUGCGCUUAAUGUGGCCCAGACAAACUACUCCGAGACCCAAGGCAUCGUUGAUACGCUUGUCUCGGAGGCUGAAUGGAUGCGCACUCGAGGAGUAGUACUGGUUGCCAACUCCAUCUUGAAUGCGAGCGAGCUAGACCGCGCCGUAGCGGCUCUGACAGAUGCGGCGCGUGCGGUGGGUCAUCGGGGAGGCUACCUGGAGUGUGCCGAUCACGUUGAGCAGAUGCUUGGGCAGGAAUUUGACAUAAGUCAUUGCUCAGUGACGGAACAUGCUGGUGCUGCAUUGGCUAGUGCUGAAAACUCCUAUGACAACCUUUCCUUGCCUAUCAUGGAGUUGGUUGUUGAAUCGUUGAAGAAAGACGACUGGUGCCAGCGUCUUAAGGCAGUCCUCGAUCCACCGGUUACCGUCGAGUUGUCCGACGAAGAGCCAGCUGGUGAUGAUGGCGGCGAUGGUGAUGAUGAUGGCAACGAUGAUGAUGGUGAGGAUGACGGAGAUGAUGGUGAUGAUCGCCGCGAUGAAUAGGAUAGUUUGUUGGAUAGGUGGUUGAUAGGGAUUUGCGCCUUUGUAAUUUCUUCGGAUACUCUAUGUACAAUGCUGCGCAUUUGCGCAAGUUUUAAAUGACAUGAAACAUUUUGAUUUUUUCCGUUGCAAUUAUUGCAUUGCAAUAAAAACUUUAUGUUAAAUUGGCUCGAAUAAAUGGAAGCGUUUUUUAAGUAUUAAGGUAUCCACCCGGUCUCUCGCUAUUGUUCGCGGAGGACCUUGGAGGUGGUUUGAACAACCCUGAAAUGCUGGAGUGUUUUCGCGCUAAUCAUAAGUUUAGCAUGCAUUUGUAACGAAAAAAUGUAAUAGAGAAACAUGUCGUAUGUUUUCAUUCAAGUCAGAAAUGGGCGCUUAGGCCUUCGUACAUAAUUGCUAAUGGCUUGUAGCCGGCGUAUUGAAUUGAAAGAUGGCGCAAGGCCGAAAUAGAUUACAUGUAACAUUUGCGCAAUUGUUGCGCAUUCCAAGUUCUUGGUAAGAUGUGGCCAUCUAGGGUGCGCAAUUUGU